CUCAAAAGGGGAUAUAAAUAGUUGUAGCCCCAUUUAUUUUUCUGCUUUUUCUUUUUCUUUACUUUUUUUUGUUCUAAAAACUACCACCUUCUUUUUUUUAUCUUAUAUAUAACAUCUAUAUAUCAUGGCUUCCAACUGAUUUGCUUCCCAAGCGAAACAUCUACUACUCUUAUUUCUUCCUCAAAAAGCAAUAACAAAAUACCAACGAAUUUCCUCAAAAAAAUUUGGUAGUUUUUAAUCAACUCAAAAAUCUCUUUUAUUAUACAAACAUACUAUGUUAAAUCUUUCCCAACAUCGAAAUAGCCCACUAUUGGCAUUAUUAUAUACGACCUAGUCAAAUCCUCAAUUCUCUCUUAUUAACAACAACAACAACAACAAAACUGUAUACUCUCUCUCUCUAUCUGUCUAUCUAUAUCUCUCUCUCUCUCUUAUAUCUCUCUCAUAACUAUUACUACUCUUACUACUACUACUACUAUGGUACAACAAGAAGAAACCUACUGGUCCGAACUCUCUACAUCUAUGGUCGAUAAGGUCGUUGACCAAGAAUACCAACUCUUGGAGGUUCUUGGUCACGGUGCUUACGGCUGCCUAUUCUUAGGCCAAUCUCUCAAAUCCAACGCUUACGUAGCCGUCAAGGUGCUUACGAAAUCCGGUCUCGACCUUCAACAACUUCAACUUCAACAACUCGAGAUUGAUAUCCAAAGCUCCUUAUCUCAUCCCAACUUAUUGGCUCUUCAUCGUGUUAUUCAAGACAUUGACUAUAUCUACAUGGUCAUGGAACUCUGUGAUGGAGGUGAUUUAUUCGAUUUCGUGAUUCGUGAUGGAGACAACAAUGCUUUGCGUGAUGAAAAUCUCGUCAAGAAACUCUUUUUACAAAUCUUGGAAGGUGUUGAAUCCAUGCAUAAACAAGGUGUUUAUCAUCGUGAUUUAAAACUUGAAAAUGUAUUACUCCAAUGUCAAGAUGAAGAAGAUGAAGAUGAUAUCUCUUGUAAAGUGGCUGAUUUUGGUUUGGCCACUCGUGAACGUUAUUCAAUGGAAUUUGGUUGCGGCUCCACUUCUUAUUUGGCUCCCGAACAUUUCGAUGAUUCCAAUGAAGAACUCGUUCCUUAUGACGCUGCUGCGUCUGAUGCUUGGUCUUUGGGCGUCUUACUUUUGGCUUUAAUCUUUGGUCGUAACCCUUGGCAAGAAGCAUCAAGUGCUGAUCCUACUUUCAAUGAGUUCAAAAGAUGUCCCAUCAUGCUCAAAGAUCAAUUAUUUCCCGAAUUAUCUAUUGCUACUUAUCGUUUCCUCGAACAAGUCUUGACCACAAACGGCGCUGAUAGACCUUCUGUCUCUGAAAUGAAGGAUCAGUUCUUAUCCAUCGAUCGUUUGUUGUCCACUGAUCAAGACGACUAUGAUGAUUACGAGCCUAUUCCUACCGCCAUUGUCACUACGAAGCGCAACGAUGUUACUUCUUACGAUUCAGCUUUCUUCUCUGGUGGUACUGGCUCUUCCUGGUCAGAUAUGGUUGAAGAAGAUGAAGAAGAACAACGUCAUCAAUCUGACAACAAAUCACAUAGUCCACCUCUUUCUCAAUACGAUGAUGAAGACACUGAUAUGUUUGUUCAUAGUGGCGAGAAAGAGUCCUGGUGGCUUUAGAUUUUUUAUUUGCUUUUUCUCUAUUCUUAUUAUAUAUAUACAUACACACACACACACUCACACAUCAUUCCCCCUCUCUUUCUCUUUUUUUUACAAUAAAAAAAAAGUACCCAUUUUUGUUUAA